AUGCGUUUUGAGAACUGGGACGUCCUCCUUUUCCCUGACGGUUCGAAGGUGCCCAUUCAAGAAUUCAAGACGCAAUGCUUCGUGACUAGGGACAGUGAAUCUCCCUACAUGCAUAUCGAAUCUUUGGUCACUGCUUCCUCCCACCCUCUUCAGCCAAGUUAUGCCCAGGGCAUCAUUGGCUACACUCCUAUCUUGACGACCUUUGUCCCUAGCAUGUCUCGCAACAGUCCGUUUAGGAUUUCUAUCCAUAGUUGGAAGAAGCCGGCUCCCACGAGGAUGAUGGAGAGCCUGAUGCAGCCGGAUGACUCUGUCAUGUUUGAGAUGCGGGUGUUUAUUGAUGGAAUAUUUAUUGCUGGGAGUCUGACCAACCAGAGGACUGGGUGGCCUCAAGUUAUCGAUUCCAAUUCUCAUGUCGACAAAAAUGGCGACCAGGAUUGUUUACACUUCCCGGCGUUCCAUGAAGAGAUGCUUCAACAGAGCCACUGGGAAGCCGGGGAAGAGUUUGGCCGUAUCAAAAUUGUUGUUGCGGAAGGGUUUUCUCGACCCAAUCGAAAUCCCCCAUUCGAAAGAGUUAGGAAUCUCGUUUUCUUCUCUUUCCAACAUGCUCCGUUGAAUAUUUUGGAAGGCUCGAAUUUAGCCUGGCCAAACCCGGGAAUGUGGCAUCAGGCCUCACGCCCCAGUUUCAAAUACCAUCUUGGGGUCGACUAUGGUGGUAUUAGGGAAAAUGAAGAUGCUCACUCCCACUCUCCAACUCGCCCAGAGCCUCGUGGAAUUGGUAUCUCGGACGCUAGUCGCUCCUCGCAAUACACAACCUGGCCCCAGCGGCUUUAUCCUACUCCUCAGACGUCUUGGGCACGGCCCGCAUUACCGGCGAGGGACUCUAGAUGGCCUUUGCAACCUGUAGUCCAGGACCCCUUCAUUGAUUCUUUCAGGGAGCCGGGUCUCAGUCGGCGUUCCCGCUCAACCUUGGACGACGUGUCAAUGCCAGACUAUGCUGCAUCAAGCUCCAAUAGCAGCCGAGCAAUAUCUAACAUGACAGGCAUCAGUUUCGGACAGCACAGUAAAGAGCCUAGUGCUAUUGCACCGAUUGAUGAUGAACAGUAUAACCAGCUGAUCGAGGCACUGAGUCCAGGGAAAUUGACCAGUGGAACUCAUGCACCGACAAACACACCAUCUUCAGCUCAUCCCAUGGCGUCCAAGCAGUGUGCGGCUAAAGAAUCUCGAGCUCGUCGGUCCCAUUCGAAACAUCCAAGUCGCCCUGGAGCUUUAAAAGAACUGUCCCAGCCAGGAGUACGGGCUGUUUCGGGAUCGAGUCCCCGAUCAGAUAGCGAUGAAGGUCUUGGGAGCGAAAAUGCACCGCUUCCGUCAAAUCUGCUCAGCCCAAACCCAAAGGUGAAAGGGAAGAAGGAGGGUACUGGGAGCGAGGUAGACACACCGCUCUAUGGCUCUAAUAGAGUACUCACGAAUAGCGCGAAAACGGUCAGAAGAUCACAGAGUAGCAUUACUGCAUCCGCUGAAUCGAAACGCAAAAGGUUGGGUACUUCAGAACAAGUGGAAAUUGCAGAAGACACCGAAUCCGGCAGCCCUUCACCUACCAAAAAAAUAUCCCGCCUGGAGGCCAAAGACUUGAGCCCCCGGUCGACACUCGAAGAAGCUCUGGAGGCAAGAACAAGAGUCACUGCCACAAGACGAGAAACAGAGGCGUCGGGGUAA